AUGUUAUUAAAUAAUCAAAAUAAUUCGAAUUCUGUCUUUUUACUUGGAAUAUUUAAUCAAAUUGGAAUUGAAAUUAAUGUUGACAAACAAAUGGCAUUUGAGCUAUAUCGGAAUGCAGCAAAUUCAGGAAAUGUAUUUGGAAUAACUAGUUUAGGGUAUUGUUAUGAAAAGGGAAUUGGAACCAGUGUUAAUAAACAAAAAGCAUUUGAAUUAUACCAAAAGGCUGCAAAUUUAGGAAAUUCACGUGGAAUAAACUACUUAGGAUCUUGUUAUAAUAAUAGAAUUGGAACUAGUGUUAAUGAACAGAAGGCAUUUGAAUUAUAUCAAGAGGCUGCAAAUUUAGGUAAUUCAUGCGGAUUAAGAAAUUUAGCAAGGUGUUAUGAAUAUGGUAUUGGAAUUGGUAUUGACAAACAGAAGGCAUUUGAAUUAUAUCAAAAAGCAGCAAAUUUAGGAGAUGCGUAUGGAACAUGUUAUUUUGGAAUUUGUUAUGAAUUUGGUAUUGGAACUAGUAUUGAUAAACAAAAGGCCUUUGAACUAUUUCAAAAAGUAGCAAAUUUGGAAAAUACAAGUGGAAUGAUCCAUUUAGGAAGGUGUUAUGAUAGUGGUAUUGGAACUAGUAUUAAUAAACAAAAGGCCUUUGAACUAUUUCAAAAAGCCGCAAAUUUAGGAGAUGUGUAUGGAAUGAACUUCUUAGGAAGGUGUUAUAAAAAUGGUAUUGGAACUAGUAUUAAUAAACAAAAGGCCUUUGAACUAUUUCAAAAAGCUGCAAAUUUAGGAGUUGCGUAUGGAGUAAACAACUUAGGAAGGUGUUAUAAAAAUGGUAUUGGAACUAGUAUUAAUAAACAAAAGGCCUUUGAACUAUUUCAAAAAGCUGCAAAUUUGGGAAAUGCAAUUGGAAUACACAACUUAGGAAGGUGUUACAAAAAUGGUAUUGGAACUAGUAUUGAUGAACAAAAGGCAUUUGAACUAUAUCAAAAAGCAGCAAAUUUAGGAAAUGAUUUAGCUCAAUAUAAUCUUGCUUUAAUAUAUGAAUAUGGAAAGGGAGUUAAAAAGGAUAUAAAUCAAGCUAAUUAUUGGUAUAAAAAAUCUGCUAAACAAGGAAAUUUGGGUGCUCAAGAUAAGUUAAAUAAAUUAAAAGAAUCUUGUUGA